AUGUCGACAAAUUUUGGAUCAAAGGAUGGUAUUCUCAUUCGAACAAUGAAAAUGGAGGACUACUACCACGUGAAAAUCUUUAUGAGAGAACAUUUCUACACUGCAGAUCCGAUUUUCGCUGUUGCAGGAGAAGAUGCUUCAAAGCGCAUGCAACAAUUUUAUGAAGAGAGCUCGGAUCACAUCUCGAUGAUAAAAGAGGGCACCAGCUUGCUGGCAAUAGACGAGGAUGACGGUGAACGUAUUGUAGGUAUUGUCUUAGCUGGAUCCCUAUUUGCCAGUUCUCCGGAGGAAAUACGCAGAAGGGUAAUCGAAAUGGAACAUUGCUCUCUUAAACCCAUUUUUAUGUUUAUGACCGACGUUCUAUUAAAAGCUAAUGUAUUUGAGAAAUACGGAGUCAUCAAGUUGCUCUACUCUUCAAAAACCACUGUGGAGACAUCAAUGAGAGGAAAGGGUCUUGGUACACGCCUUGCAGCUGCGCUAAUGGAGGUGGGUCGAUCCAGGGAUUUCCCCUGA